AUGGUGACUGGUAAAGGAAAGGAGGUUGUCAAGGAAGACGAAUUUCUCAGCUUGAAGAAGUUUAAAACAGCAACUGGAUUUAAGGAAAUGAUGGAGAAUUUAAAAGGGGAAUCUUCCACGUCGGCUGGAAAGAUUAAUUUCAAAACUACAUCUCUCCCAACCUCUCCAAUUUCGUGUAAUAUUGUUGAAUCAUCCCCUGAUGAAAUCAUUAAAGCAAAUGAGAACAAGGUGAAUGAAGAAUUUCUGAUGUUGGCUGAUAAACAGGGAAAGUGUGAUGAAGGUGUAAACAUUUCGAAAGAGGAUAGUAACAAGAAGGAAAUAAAUUCUGUUUGGUCGAAGAAACAAAACAUAAGGGUGGAUAAAUUAGAUCUGGGAUCAUUCCUAUCUGAUGAUGGAAGAACAGUCCAGCUUGACGCAGAAAAUGAAAGUAUCAAUGCUAAAAAACUGGAUUGUGCUCUGGUGGUGAAAAUAUUUGGUGACAACAUACUGUUUUCUUCAGUAUGUAUUGAAUUGAGAAAGCAAUGGAGCAGAUUUGGGAAGUUUCAUAUAACGGGUUUAGGCACUGGAUGGGUGCUUUGCUCGUUCAAAAAUCCAGAAACAAUGGAAGAAGUUAUUACAGGUGGUCCUUGGUAUGUUAAAGGGCAUGUGGUGGGGUUGGACAAAUGGUCUCCCAUGUUCUCUACAAAUUCUUUGAAAGGGAUUUCAACUCCCUUAUGGAUAAGAUUACCUAAUUUAUCUUUGCAAUGUUGGGAUGAUAUCAACAUUUGUAGGAUUGCAUCGAAGGUGGGAAAGCCAUACUUGCUUGAUGGAAACUCGUUUCAAUGGAGUAGAAGAGAAUACGCUAGAGUUUGCGUUCGUGUGCCCCUGAAUGAGAAAUUACCCCUUGGGGUUUGGGUGGAAGGUUUAUAUGGAAAAUUUUUCCAGAAAAUCAUUUAUGAAGGCAUUUCAAAGUUAUGUUAUGAAUGUGCCUUCAUUGGUCACACCAUAACAGCAUGUAUGAAAUUUAAAGAAAAGAAGACUUCUUCCACUGAUGUUCCAGUUUUGGAUAAAAAAUUUCAAGAUCAAGUUAGCUCCAGAAUUGAAGAAAGCUCAAUUCAGCAAGAAGGCGAAAAUAAAUAUGGACUGUGGAUUCAAGCAAAGUAUGGUAAGAAGAAGUUUUCUGGAAAUAUUAGAAGAAUGUCAGGAACUCCUAUUAAACAAAGGUUACAAAAUGAUGUUUUGAAGAAUCCUCAGAAUAAUUUUACUCCUGUAGAAGAAGUUUGUGUUCAUCAUGUAGAGGCAUUGGAUUCUGCAAAUAUUGUUGAAGAUCAAACUAAAAAAGCUCAGAUUCAAGAGCAGAAGAUGGGAGCUGAAGUGCUAAAACUGGAGAAAAUCGUGGAGAAAUCUUCUUCAGGUAAGAAAGUAAAGCUGCUAAAAGAACUGAAAUCUCUGGGAUCUGGAAAUAUAGUUAAUCAUAACAUGAAGUUGGAGAUUGGAAGAAUUGAAACCAAAGUUAGUUCUUUGGAGAAUCUACAGAUUUUGAAUUUUCUGGGAGACAAAUGUGAAUCAUUUUUGUUUCCUUCUGUUGUCCUUUCUGGAGGUAUUUUGGUACUUUGGAGGAAGGAUGUGGCAGCUUUUUCAGUAUUGGAAGUUUCUUCACAAGUUAUCAUUGGGGAUCUUGAAGUUGUUAAUAAAGGCUGUUGGCAAGUUUCCAUUGUAUGUGGGAGCUGGAGUAUAGUGGAAAGAAAAUCUCUAUGGGAGAUUUUAGAAACAAGGUUUGAUAAUAAUAAACCAGCAGUUAUUGGGGGAAACUUUAACUAUAUCUUGUCACAGGAGGAGAAAAGAGGAGGCAAAAAAUUUGUAUUUACUCAAGGAGCAAAAGAUAUGAAGAUGUUUAUGAACAACAAUGACUUUCAUGAAAUUGGGUUUAUUGGACCCAAAUUUACUUGGUGUAACAACAAAACUGGGGGAGGACGUAUCUUAGAAAGAUUGGAUAGAUGCCUUAUUAACAUUUUUGCUAUGAAUUCUAUUCAUCUAGCCUUGGUUAAACAUUUGUCCCGUAUAGCUUUGGAUCAUUGUCCUAUUUUUUUGGAGGUGUUCAAAUCGGUGGUUUCUAACUACAAAUGUAUACAUUUUGAAGAUGUGUGGAGCACCUAUCAUGGGGCUUUUGCUAUUGUAAAAAAUACAUGGAAGAUGGGUGGAGGGAGCGAUCCAGCUAGUUCUUUAAACUUGAAGUUUAAAAGGACUCUUAAAGCCUUAUUCUAUUGGAGUACGGCUAAAUUUAAGAGUUUAAAUGUAUUGAGGGAUUCACUGAAAAAAGAGAUUUAUGAUUUACAACUAGAAGAAGCUGAUGGGAUGCUUAGCGAGACAAAGCUCCUACUGCUCAGGUCAAAGGUAAAUGAAUUAAAUAGUACUUUGGCAAGAUUAUGUAUAUGGUGGAGGCAAAGAGCCAAGGCUAGAUGGUUGGAAGAAGGUGAUACAGAUUCAGCUUUCUUUCAUUCUUUUGCAAAUGCAAGAAGGAGUACUAACUGGAUUAAUCAAGUCAAAAAUGAAGACGGUAUUUUCACGGAUCAGAUCCAAGAAAUUGAAAUGAUUUUUUCAAAUUUCUUCACAGCCAAAUGGAGACAUAGAACCUGUAAGGUAGAUGGUUGGCCGUCAAAAAUGAAGACGGUUUUGGAUAAAGAAGAUCAACUCAAAUUAGAAGCAGAGUUUUUAAAGGAGGAGCUUCAAGAAGUGGUGAACAACUUGGGGAAGAACAUCUCACCGGGACUUGAUAGAAUUACAUUCUCUUUUAUCAAAUGCUACUGGAAGAUUGAUGAAUAUCUAUACAACCAUCAGAUGGAUUCUGCAACAGUAAUGGCUUCAUUUGAAAGUUACUUUAAUAAUUCUGAAGCUGCAAUGAAUGCAGAUAUGUUAAGAAUUGGUCGUGUGGCUUGUGGGUUGCUGGAUCGAUUCCGUUUUGUUGAAGUUUCUUCUUCAGUUAUGAUCUCAUUAUCUGUCCUUCUUGGUAGAUGA